AUGAACAGCUUUACCCAGCUCCUACUCAGUCUGCUAGCUACUCUGAAGCAGCCCCUGCCCACUUUACCCAACUGUUGGAGCAGUUUGCUCAGAGUGAAACUGUGCAACAUUCAGCCCGAGGACACGGUGCUGGAGCUCGGUCACGGGCCGGGGUUCGGUCUGCAGGCGGCGGCGCAGCUCCUCACGGGUCCGGAGGGGAAGCUGCUCGGCGUGGAUUUCUCUCGGUACAUGCACGAGAUGGCCAGCAAGCGUGUGAAGGAGCACAUCUCCAGAGGAAAGGCCGUGCUGUAUUACAGCGAUGUGCUGACCAUGCCGGUAGAGGACAACUCGGUCGACAAGGUGUUUCACUGCAACUGUUAUUACUUCUGGCCGGAUCUGAAAGCAGGAGCGAGAGCCAUUCACAGAGUCAUGAAACCAGGUGGGAUUAUGGUUACGACACUCAGACUAGACAGUGUUAUUAAAGCUGCUAAUAUGAAAGUGCUCACUGGAGAUCAAUGGCGUCCUGAGGUCUACAUGGAAGCACUUCGUUCCUCUGGAUUUACAGACGUCCGAAUGGAGAAUAAAAGAGAGAAACAAAUCACAAUUCAAGCUAUUUUUGCCACGGCUGUAAUGCACUGAUGUGUAAUAACUGUCUACACUUUCUUAGGAUUGUGUC